GUUUCGGGUGUCAUUGAAUUUCUAUUGAUGCACAAUUUAAUGCGAUGAUGAUUCGAACUUUUUUUGUUUGGUUUUACUUUCCAUAUUUUGCACCUGAAAGAGUAUUUUAUUUUCAGUAUUGCGUGCACAAUGUGCUGUUAAACAUAAUAUUCGUGGAGCGAAUUCGAGUUGUUCAAAAUGUUCUAAGUGAACCUGUUUUGAUUCAAAUUAUUUAGAGAAUUAGAAUUGUUUUUGGCCAGAGAAACUAUGAAAAUCUUAAACGACAAGCUUGUGCUUGUGUUGAGCAAUUUUACACUGACGGCUUGUGGCUUCGCAUUGCUGUCUGCUGGAUUCAAAUUAUUCACUGAUUCAAAUCGGAUUUUACUAUCGCGAGUGAUUGCAGCCAAUAGUGAAACACUAUCGAGUCUUCAACACCCAUUUUUCUACUACAUUGCACUCGGUCUAGCAGGAGCUGGACUAAUUGCAAUAUUCAUUUCUUUGAUUGGAUGGUGGGCAAUUACCUGCUUGAGUAACUAUUUUGUGUUGAGCAUUUACUUUUUGAUAGUGUUAUGUUGGUUGUUAGUUGAGUUUUCAUUUUGUUCGAUGGCAGCUGUAUGGCCACAAUGUAUUGGCUUAAGCUUGGAUGAAUCGCUCAUGGUGAAAAUGCUGCAGUCUAGCUAUGGCGUACCCGGAAAAGAACAGCUGACGGCAUCAAUCGAUUUGGUUCAAACUCACUUCAAAUGCUGUGCAAUCAGUAGCAAUUUGGAUUAUGAUAUGUCACUUUGGAAACUACAAAACUAUGCUAAACGGGAUUGGGUCGUUCCAGCGACGUGUUGCAUUCUUCAAAAUAGCCAUGAGAAACGCUCUUAUCUCGACCCGAAACCACUAAAUAUUUCGCUUUGUCAAUCUUUAUUGAAACACGAAUACAAUCAUGCACGGUACAGUCAAAGUUGCCUGGAACAUCUGAGUACAUGGUAUGAACAUCACACUAAACUCUUUUUAAUUGGCGGACUGGUGCUUGCUGCUGUUCAAAUGAUGGUGUUAAUCAGCAUAAUUUUUACCUGCACGAGAAUGGCAUCAAGUCAUCGACGAAAAACACUAAUUUAA